AUGGAGUAUUUGGAUAAAGAUGGACCUUUCAUUCUGCAUUCACUUGGUGUUGACAAUAUUGUUAGAUUUCCUGCUAUGCUCGAACGAAAGGGUAACGUAAAAUUACAUGACACAAUUCAGACGUUGCCCAGGUCGCAUACCAUUAUGAAAUCAUCAAAGUUAACAAUCGAAGUUUGGAAACAAAGCCAGCCAUCAGUCGCUGAAAGAGGGCCAGGCUACUUAAUCUCUGGACAGAAACAUACAGUUGAAACAUACAACUCCUUGUUAUCAAACGAAGAACGCAUAAAUGUAGCCAAAGAUGGUUGUCUGCGUAACAAUAUAAAAACCAGAUCUACAGCGCAGUCGGUAGUCUCAAUGGAAUAUAAGUUUAUUUUUCAACUCAUACCCAAAGUAGGAUCUAAGUUCUGGAAAGAACUUUUUGAUGGCGUUGCUCAAAAGUGUGGUAAGAUGCAAGGCGUCAUUCACUGUGCUAAUCGUUCAUUAACCGAAUACACGCGCGUAUUGUUCGUCCGUCAUCCAUUAGAAAGACUGGUUUCUUGUUAUUAUGAUAAAUUCCAUAUCUUGUCGAAACCAUCUUUAUUCUUUGAAAAUUUAUAUGGUGAUACUAUUUUAAAGAUCAGGAACAGUGAUCCAGAAAAUAACCACACACAGAAUGAAUUUGGAAGACUGAAUGUAACUUUUAAAGAGUUUGUACAGUUAGUUAUUUCAAAUGGUUUAAAUAGAAUGCCUAAAUCUGAGCACUGGUUACCGCAAUAUUUGAUUACUUCUAUAUGUAACGGGAAUUUAAACUUUAUCGGACACAUGGAACAUUUGGAUCAGGAUGGGCCGUUUGUUCUACAUUUACUUGGUGUUGAUAACUUGCUUAAAUUUCCGGCUAUGCAUCAACGAAAGGGUAAUGACAAGUUGAUUGAAACAAUUAAGACGUUGCCUAAGCAUUUGAUGGAACAAAUAGUCGAAUACUAUCGCUUAGAUUUCGAAAUACUCGGAUAUAAUCGAUCCUAG